AUGGCAACUGAAGAUGAUAACUUUGAUAUUGAUAUCUACGGAGAUGGAAGUGGAUUGACUGAUGAAGGUCAAGACUCGGCCUUUAAAACCGAGGAACCGGACCUAGUCCUCGAUGCUCCAGACACGCAGCAUGGCGGUGGGAACGGAGACGGGUCCGACGAGAAGUAUGGCAACAGUAAUAACCAUAUGGACAAUGAGAAUCAUAAGAUAUUCAAAACAGAGAAGUCUUCAUCUGAGAUGCCACACUCAGGAAACAAUCUACCACAGCAACCUCCACUACAGCAACAACAGCAGCAGCAGCAAUACCUGCCUCAGCAGGGCAUCAAACGAAAAGAAGCCGAUCCGGACGCCACAUCCGCCCUGUAUAUCUCAGAUCUGCAUUGGUGGACAACAGACGACGAGGUUCGCGGUUGGAUAAACCAGGCUGGUGUCGAGGCUGACCUUAAGGAUGUCACAUUCAGCGAACACAAAGUGAAUGGAAAGAGUAAAGGUCAAGCAUUUGUUGAGUUUACAUCGGCACAAGCUGCCACAAUAGCCAAACACAAGAUCGAAGAGAUGAACAAUGCCCAGCAAGGCGGACGAAAGUAUGCCGUUGCUUAUACCCAACCCAAUGUCAACCCAUUUAAAACCCUUCCAAAGGAGAAUCCCAUGCGUGGCGGAAAAGACGAUCGAACUCCCAGAGCUACUCCACCAGGUUUCAAUACCGGCCAGGGCAACUUCGGCAUGAAUAAUGCAGUUGGAUUCCGUGGUGGCCGCGGUGGGUUCAAUAACCGCGGCGGAAUGAACCAAAAUAUGGGGUACAACAAUAACAGGAACUUCACUCCUAUGGGUGGCGGCUUCCAGGGCGGAGCGGUCGGGGGCUUUCAAGGUGGUCCUAUGGGAGGCAUGCAGAAUUACGGAGGGUUCAACAACCGUGGAGGCAUGAUGAACAACAUGAGAGGUAAUCCCAAUAUGCGUGGUCGUGGUGGUAUGGGUGGCAUGGCCAACCCCAUGAUGCCAGUUGGCGGACCAGUUGGUAAUAUGGGAGGCGUUGGAGGUAUGGGAGGCAUGGGAGGCAUGGGAGGUAUGCCCAUGGGAGGUAUGCCAAACCAAAUGGGGAAUAUGAUGGGCGGAAUGCAAGGAGGUAACAUGGGGAUGCAAGGGCAAGCUGGCUUCCAAAACCAGAAUCCUCAUUUCAACCCAGCCUUCUUUGGCGGUGGUGGUAAUGACAGCGGUGCCUGGAAUCCACAUGGAGUUAAGCGAACACGACAGGAGUAA